AUGAGUCUUCUUGCCCUCGCCAGUAAAGCCAAACUUUUCUUGUGUGAGCUGUGUGGGAUGAAGCUCUCCACAAGGGAGGCAAGAAGGAGGCACAUCCUAGCCAAGCACAUUAAGGAACGGAAGAAUUUCUGCAAAACCUGUGGGAAAGCCUUCAUUUUCAAAUUUGCCCUAAAAGCCCACAAAGCAGUACAUUCAGAUAAUCCACGCUUCAACUGUGUGUGCGGCAUGUCAUUCUCUGUUCGUGCAUCAUAUAUGGACCACAUCAAGAGAAUCCACACCACCAGAGCCUGUCUGAGAUAUCAUUUUAAGUUAUUAUUUUCUCCCUACUGUACAGAUCGUCAAACUCUUCGCAUCCACUUAAUAUCAGUCCACAAGCCCAAGACGAUAUCUUGCACCCAGAAAGGCUGCACUAAAGUUUUUUCCACAGUUGGCCUCAUGAGAAACCACUAUAGGUACCACCUCAAUCGAAAGUUCACUUGCGAUGAGUGCGGGCGAAGCUUUUCCACAGAAUCUUACAUGUACAAACAUCGUCUCACUCAUUCAGGCAUACGACCACACGUCUGCGUUGACUGUGGAAAAACAUACUUGAGUGCCUCCCAUCUCAGCAAGCACAGGCGCAUGGCCCACUCCACUGCCAGACCCUUCCAGUGCUCCUUCUGCGGGAAGUGUUACAAGACUAAAGAUCAGGUCAACUAUCAUGAAAGUAGCCACAGAGGUGAGAAGCCUUUCCAGUGUGAAGUCUGUGGGUAUGCUACAUCAUACAGGAAUACUUACUAUGCUCACAGGAAGAAGCACUUUGUAAAAAGUUCCCAAGAUUGUACAGUAUCAGGAGCACAAAAAAGUUCCUUAGACAUACAGAGUGAUUCUUCUGAAGUGGAAUCAUCAAAAUGUGAUGAUGUUCCUGGCAAAGGAAAGAAAAUAUCAGACUCUCCAAGAUGCAAGGGAAAAUCAAAAGAUCUCUCUAAAACUAAGAACAGCAAUACUCAUAAAAAGGGGGAUAUAACUAUCAUUACAGGUUCCAGUACAGGCUUGGUUGAUGCAAGUGAAGACAGUGUACAUUUGUCAGAGACUAGUCCAGAGCAGCUUUCUUUGCAAGCGUCAGACAACAGAGAUAUCUUCAAAGUAAAGAAUGUGUGUUCUCCCAAUGCUGAGUCUGUAGAAGUUAUUUAUGUUUCACCAAGAUCCAGUGCCAUCCGAAAAAUGGAACAGCAGCCAUCCUUGACAGUACCUCAUGGCAAUGAUCAAAAUAUAACAGUUUACAUGAGCAGUGGAGAUUCUCAGAAAGUAGAUGCAGAAAAAUGUUACUUGUCUUGCCCUGCUGAAUCACCCAUCACUCAGAAAAAAGGUCAGGAAAAUGAGGAUUCCUUUAAGGAGGCUAUUCAGAUUUGUGGCAGUCAGUCAACUGCUGCAGAUAAAUGUACUGGAGAAAAAAACAUGAUUAUGGCAGGGGAAAAACUGAAUUCUUGUAUUAUAUUAUCAAGUAAUGGGAAGUGUGCAGUGCCGACAUGUGAGAGCAAUGAUGAUUCCCUCUUGCUUAUUAGAGUAGGAGAUGAUUCAUACAUAGGCGUUUGCAGACAUCACACCUUCACUGACCAGCUGUGUGACACUCCGAAGGAUGGCGAUUCAGCACGAGAGUCAAAUGAAGUUGACUUCAGUCUCCAGGCAUAUGACAAUGUGAGCAUCCACAUCACAACUCACACUGAAAGAGAGGGAGAUGAAAUUAUCACUUUUGCAACUUCUGAUGCAUCCCUGAAAACAUCUGGGGAACUCGACAGUGUGGGUGAACUAGAGGCUGAAAUUGAAGACCAAACCAUCUCACUGAUUACCUUGCCAGAAAAGUAUGAGAGGGUUGAAAUAGACACAGAGGAUUCCUUGCCCCAUCAGCCUGAACUAGGAGUAGAACUUCUCAAGAGUCAGAGUAUAGCACAUGUUGAGCAGCCAGAUGCCAAUGAACAAGUAAGAUUAAGCUCAAAUGAGGUGUGUCCAGUAGAGGACUUCUCACCCAUGAUUGAGUUGGAUUCUGGGGUUGCUAGUUUAUCUGGGCACAUUGUGGAUGACUCUCUCAGCUUGGCCCAGCUAGAAGUCAUAUGCCCUCUCUGUGAUGAACAGUUCAUGUGCAUGGAUGCAUAUGUCACCCACUUAGAAUGUAGUCAUAAUUAGUCACUGAUUAUCUCUUUAUAUUGUAAUUAUUGUUAUUCAUUUGUUUAAAAGUACAAUCUGUUUGAUCUCAUUAACUAAUUUGUAGGAUAUUAUAUGAAAGUGGAAGGUGAAAAAAUCCAUGUACUUAAGUGCUUAGGAUAUAGAAGCCUUUAAGGAAUGGUGUUGGUUGUUAAAUGUUUCAAUGGACCCUGUGCACCUUAUCAUCACAAUCUAGGGAACUGAAAAAAGAAGGUAAUUUUGGGUAAUUUUCUUCUUAUAUCUAUCAUAGUGAUUUGUGAUUUGUCUUCACAAUUAAACUCAGGACAAUUUUUUUUUGUGUGUGUGGUUAAUAUUCAGCUAUGCAAUUUUUGAAAUGAUUUUUUGUUUAUUUCAUCAAUACAUCAAUAAUCUUAUAAUUUCUAUGUUGCUCUUUCACUAGAUGUAAGGAUUGUUUACCAAAAGUGUUGCAUGUAUUUUCUUACGGAUGAUAAUUAAAUGUGAGAGCAGUUCAGAUCAAGUCUAGGUAUUCUAGUCAGAUUCAGAGAAUUCAUUAUUAUACCAUGUAGGGUCUUACUUUCAACAGUUUCAAUAUAGUGUUACUUAUUUGAUUUAGUAUAACAUAAUCUAUAUUUAAUGUGUGUUAUAGUGUUUUGUAAAUAUAACAAUACUUUAAAGAUACUGUUUAUGAAUUAAAUUUUAUUUCAUUUUUUA